AUGGACAGCGACAGUUUGGUGGCGACAAGAGCCCGAAGAGCCAAUGCGGGUUCUCGGUUGAAGCUGCUUAUUGAAUUGGAAGAGCAAUCUCAGGGCGUUCAAUCGAUGAUAUACACCGAAGACGAUGAGAACGUCCAACUUUUGUUUCAGGAAGACGAGAAUGACGAGGAAUUUGAAGAACCAAUCGAUAGUGGCGACGAACAGGAAGAGGAGAAUGACGGAAACUCUCAGGAUGAACUUUCAGAGCUCCCAGAUGACGAGAAUCGCCAUGCAUCAGAAACAAAUGGCUCUGAUACUGAGGUGGCUGUCAAUUCUGACGAGAUGCUCUCUGAUUCCGAUCUAUCCGUGUCAGAAGAUGACGACAGUGAAGGAGAACGUGAACUCCAAAACCAGGAAAGAGCCAAAAAGCGCAAGCAUAGACUGAAGACCAUAAUUCCAGCGAUCAAGAAACCUAAAGUGGUGACUAAACCUUCAGCUCCAAAACCUCAGGUGAAACACUCAGAAUUGCUACUACUAAGCGAGCGCAGAUCUUCGUCAAGAAAAUCUGCCCUUCAGAAUAAGCAAGAGUUAUUGGAGAGACUUAAAGAAGAUGAAACUCGAAGGGCUGCCCUCACACCCGUGAUCAGAGUGAAAGAACGCGAGUUGACUCAAGAAGAAAGACUCGCAGAGGCCAAGGAAACUGAAAGGCAAAACAUUAUAUCAUUAAAUAUGUUCUUGCAGCAAGAAAUUGUCAAGAAAGAGCGCCAGAAGCUAUUAUUCCAACAGAGAAGACCCAAGCUUCGCAAUGUUGUGAGAUUGUUUUCUGCAGAAAGUUUUGUUACUCCUCUAGAUGAAAUCGAGGAUGCAAGACACGUACAAGACAUGUUCGAGAGAAAGAAGCGUGGAAGGAGAAGAAAGAACCAACUAGAAGAUUUGGAUAUGAAGCGUCCCGGAGAUAUCGACACCGAACUUCCAUACUACCAAAGAGAAAUGGCCGAAAAGAGAAGAAUUGAGGCGGAAAGGGCGGAGGAGAAGAGAAGGUUGGAGGAGGCAAGAGCUGCAAAAAGGAAGAAGUUGGAAGAGGAACGUGCAGAGAGAAAGCGAAUCCUCGAAGAAGAAAGACUCGCUCGCAAGAAAGCAAAAGAAGAAAGGUUGAAAGAGUACGAGAACAUGACUGAAGAGCAAAAGGCUGCUCUUAAUCUUGGAUCAAAGCUUUCUGGGGGAAGUCCUGAGGGAAGCUUGUCGGAGCAUGUCGAAGAGACUGACCUGGAUCUAAAGGAUCUCAAGGAUCUCACCGAUGAAGUUGUUGCGGACACGGAAAGUAAGAAUGAAGGACUAGAACAGAAUGCUGAUGAUGUGUUGACCGAAACUGUCGAACAAAGCUCGAAAGAGGAGGAACCAAAAGUGAGCCUCGAUGAUAGUACACAUGAGGAGAAAGGAGAGGUUUUAAAAACAGAACAGCUAGAACUACAAGGGCAGGUCAUGCCAACGAAUGCUAAUCUGGUAGGUAGCGGAGAAAUAGAGAAGCUCGAGAUUGUGGACGAUUACGAGGACACACCUGAGCCCCAUCUGGAAUUGGAUACAUUCGAAGCUAAGAGUGCCUAUGCUAGCCAUGAUAAGUCGGAGACCGAGACUGGAGAAGCUGCAUCUAGAGAUACUGAAAUGGUUGACGGCGAUGACGCGCCAAUCAAACAGGAACCAACUGAAGAUAUAAAGGAAGAGGGCGAAGCACAGACAAAUGAGGGAUCCCCCGAGAAGGUCGAAAAGAAAGUGACAUUUGCAGGUGUCGAACAAGAAGAAGAACAAGAAGAAGUAAAGCAGGAUAUCGCUACUGAGGAGGAGGUAGAGGCCGAGAAACUAUCACGCUCUGCUACACCAAUCUAUAGACCGCAGGCAGACGGAACUGUUUUUGAGGGCCCUGUUCAGCAUGUUGCGAGAAACCUCGUUUUUCUUUUGAAUUUCGAAGAGGAAGACAGAUGGGGACUAACAGACAUGCGUAUCAAAACUGCUCUUUUCGGAGAUGAUGCCAAUCUUGGUGCUUCACGAAGAUUUCAGGAUCUCCGAACAAUUUUGAAAAGCUCUCUUCGCCUGGACAAUCCAUACGCUGCUCCCAAGGAAGAAAAGGAAGACGAGCUUUUCAACCCUGUGACAAAAAUCACCGAAGACAGUGCGAUGUUUGAUUCUCUAAGGAAGUUGCCUAGAUUCGGUGACAAGGAAAUCUUUGAGGAGGAAGAAGAAAUUGAGAGCAACGUCGCCACCUCAGAAAUCCAAAUCAAGACAGAGGCACCCACGGGACUUUACCUCCCCAACGGAAACAAGAAGAUCUGUCUUAUCUCCGGAAAAGAAGUCAGAUACUUCGACCCGGCCACAGGUCUUCCAUAUGGCAGCAAGGAAGUUUACCUGGUCAUCAAAGCAGUCGAGCUGGGUGUCAUACCUUGGUACAGUAUUCCCAAGGACCAGAACACUUACGGACCUGUGGAAAUAUAUCUCAACAGAAGAGAAGGUGCCAGACAUGCUCAGGGAGUGCCUGAAGGGUUUGACGGGUACUAA